AUGGAAGUACAACUGUCCCCUGAAAUGUGGGAGAUGACCAUAGUGAGGAAGAAGAACCUUGGCGUCCUUGUCACCAAGAAACACUGGGAAAAAAUGCCUAUUCCAGAGGAUGAGGUGAUCUGCAACUCUUUCACCAUCUGUAAUGCAGAGAUGCAGGAAGUUGGUGUUGGCCUGUAUCCUAGUAUGUCUUUGCUCAAUCACAGCUGUGACCCUAACUGUUCAAUUGUGUUUAAUGGGCCCCACCUCUUACUGCGUGCAGUCCGAGACAUCGAGAUGGGAGAAGAGCUCACCAUCUGCUACCUGGAUAUGCUGAUGACCAGUGAGGAGCGCCGGAAGCAGCUGAGGGACCAAUACUGCUUUGAGUGUGACUGUAUCCGAUGCCAAACCCAGGACAAGGAUGCUGAUAUGCUAACUGGUGAUGAGCAAGUAUGGAAGGAAGUUCAAGAAUCCCUGAAAAAAAUUGAAGAACUGAAAGCACAUUGGAAGUGGGAACAGGUUCUGUCCUUGUGCCAGACGAUCAUAAGCAGCAACUCUGAACGGCUUCCCGAUAUCAACAUCUACCAGCUGAAGGUGCUCGACUGCGCCAUGGAUGCCUGCAUCAACCUUGGCCUGCUGGAGGAGGCCUUGUUCUAUGGUACUCGGACCAUGGAGCCAUACAGGAUUUUUUUCCCAGGAAGCCAUCCUGUCAGAGGUGUGCAAGUAAUGAAAGUUGGCAAACUGCAGUUACAUCAAGGCAUGUUUCCCCAAGCAAUGAAGAAUCUAAGACUGGCUUUUGACAUUAUGAGAGUGACACAUGGCAGAGAACACAGCCUGAUUGAAGAUUUGAUUCUACUUUUAGAAGAAUGUGACGCCAACAUAAGAGCAUCCUAAGGGAACCCAGUCAAGGGGAACAAUGGCUUAUUCCUUUAUUGAAUGCCUUACUGAGGUCACACACUCUAUACUUUGCUUGCUGUGUGAACCUCCCCUAUUGGAAAUGCUAUUCUGUGUUUGUGUAGGUCAAAAAGGCAGACAUAUGGUUUGCAAACCACAAGAAUCACUAGUUGUAGAGAAGCAUGAUUAUAAUAAAUUCAAAAAUAUGAUUGAAAGUGC